CCCCUGGGCUUCAGAUUAUAUAUUGCAGGGCAUUGUCCUCCAGCAUCAUUGUCCUCCUCUCCCAAGUCCAUUGUCCUCCUCUCCCAAGCAACUCACAGAGGUUAAACAAGCACCAGCCAAGAUGCCUGAGCAAAGACAAGAGAGAAAAUCCAAAAUCUCGGCUUCACGGAAGCUGAUGCUCAAGAGCCUGAUGGUGACCAGGGCCAAGGAGGAGCUGGAGCAGGAAACCGUGGACAAGGAGGAGGAGAAGCAGCGCUACCUAGAGGAGAAGGCACCUCCCCUGCAGACCAGCGGCCUGUCUAUGACACAGCUACAGGACCUGUGCCGAGAGCUGCACGCCAAGGUUGACGUGGUGGACGAGGAGAGAUACGACAUCGAGGCCAAAGUCAUGCACAACACCAGAGAGAUUAAGGACCUGAACAUCAAGGUGCUGGACCUGAGGGGCAAGUUCAAGCGGCCCGCCCUGCGGAGGGUCCGAGUGUCUGCAGACGCCAUCUUGCGUUCCCUGUUGGGCUCCAAGCACAAGGUGUCCAUGGACCUGCGGGCCAACCUCAAGUCGGUCAAGAAGGAGGACACAGAGAAGGAAAAGACAGUGGAGGUGAGCGACUGGAGGAAGAAUGUGGAGGCCAUGUCAGGUAUGGAGGGCCGCAAGAAGAUGUUCGAUGCUGCCAAAGGACCUGCACAGUGAACAGAGGAUAUCAGAGUGGAGGAUGAGGGGGAACAAGGACAUCACCAUUUUCACAGUUACAUGAUGCACCCAUGACAAAUGUCUCUGGGUCUGUGCAAUGCCCAUGUGACCAAUUGUGUUGCAGCAUAAUUACAAAUCCACCACAUGCCCCACACUACACUCUUAAAACGAAUGUGUUGUUCCUAUCUGGACACAGAGCUGUGU